AUGCAGGAGGAGGAGGAAGGAGUGGAUAGAGGACACACACGAGUCCUUCGGAGACCGCAUGUGCGUAGGAAACGGGAAGUGGUGGGCGUACGCGUGUUUGAAAAGUCGGCUCCGAGCCGAAGGGAAGCAUGCCGACGUUCUACACGAGUUUCUUCAGCAGUAGGAAGUAGCAGUUCGCAGUUUGUCAGAAAGUAUGGAGAGCGUGGAUCAGGAUUCCGUCCGCGUGGAGAAGUCCAAGACUUUGAGAAAAUCCGCGACAGGUGUCUUCAGUCCGGAACACUUUUUGAGGACCCGGAUUUUCAGGCCGAGGACAGUUCUAUCUUCUUCAGCCGAUCUUGCCCCGGGGGAAUUCGGUGGAAGAGGCCUUCUGAAAUCUGUGAUGAACCCCGUCUUUUUGUUGAAGGAGCUUCCAGAUUCGAUGUUGUGCAAGGCGAAUUAGGUGACUGCUGGUUGUUGGCUGCCGUCGCCAACUUAACACUGAACGACGCGCUGUUUUUCCGUGUGGUACCGAAUGACCAGUCUUUCGUGAAGGAUUACGCGGGCGUCUUCCACUUUCGUUUCUGGCAGUACGGACGAUGGGUGGACAUCGUGGUGGAUGAUCGACUACCCACCUGUGGAGGGAGGCUGGUCUUCAUGCAUUCCAAGAACAACAACGAGUUCUGGAGUGCGCUGCUGGAGAAGGCCUACGCCAAGCUACAUGGCAGCUACGAGGCAUUGAAAGGUGGCACCGCUUGCGAAGCCAUGGAAGAUUUCACUGGAGGCGUGUCCGAAUUGUACGAGUUGGACAAGGCACCAGCCAAUUUCUUCAAAAUUCUCCUCAAAGCUUUCGAAAGAUGGUCCCUUAUGAGCUGUUCCAUAGAGCCCGAUCCAAACGUUUUGGAAAUGGAAAUGGACAAUGGGUUAAUCAAAGGACACGCCUACAGUAUUACCAAAGUCAAACUGGUGGACGUGCAAACGCCCCGCGUCAAGGGUAAAAUCCCCUUGCUCAGGGUUCGCAAUCCAUGGGGCAACGAGUGUGAGUGGAAGGGCGCAUGGAGCGACAGGUCUCAGGAGUGGUCACUCAUUUCUCCCGAUGAGAAGGAGGAACUCGGUUUAAGGUUCGACUCUGAUGGCGAAUUCUGGAUCUCCUACAAAGACUUCAUGUCUAACUUCCACCGGGUCGAGAUAUGCAACUUGAACCCGGACAGUUUGGAUGACGAACCCUUGACCAAGAAGUCCAAGAAAAAAUGGGAGAUGAGCAUGUUCGAGGGAUCCUGGACGAAGAACUGCACCGCUGGAGGAUGUAGAAACUUUAUCGAUACCUUUUGGAUGAAUCCCCAAUUCCGGAUCGUCUUGGAGGAUGUGGAUGAGGAGGAUGACGACGACCUCUGCACUUGCAUCAUCGCCCUCAUGCAGAAGAAUAGAAGGUGCCGGAGGAAGAUGGGCGAAGAGUGCCUCACCAUCGGAUUCGCCAUCUACCAGCUGAAGAACCCCGAUAGGCUUCCGAAGCCCCUGCCGAAGAGCUUCUUCCAGUAUAACGCUUCCAUCGCCCGAUCCAACACGUUCAUCAACCUGAGGGAGGUGAGCUGCCGCUUCAAGCUGCCACCGGGCACCUACUGCAUCAUACCUUCCACCUUCGACCCGGCAGAGGAAGGAGACUUCGUACUCAGGGUCUUCACCGAAAAGAAGAAUCUCAUGACGGAAUAUGAUGAAGAAAUCGGUAUGGACAAACCUGACGAGGACAUUCAGGUGCCAGAAACUCCCGAGGAACUGGACAAGGACAAGGAAGUCCGAGAUUUCUUCGCCGGCAUUGCUGGGGAAGAUCUCGAAGUGGACUGCUAUGAACUGCAGGAAAUCUUGGAUUUCGCCCUCAAGAAAGAAUUCACAUUCGAUGGCUUUUCUCUGGACGUCUGCCGAAGUAUGGUAGCCAUGAUGGAUGUGGACCGGUCUGGCAAGUUAGGACUGGAGGAAUUCAAGAAUCUGUGGGUUGACAUAAGAACAUGGAAGAAUGUGUUCAAGAGGUAUGACGUAGAUCAUUCCGGAUCUCUCAACACCAUCGAACUGAGGGCAGCUUUACAUUCAGCUGGUUACCGUCUCAAUUUCCACGUGCUUCGAGCGCUAGUCCUCCGCUAUGGAAAGAAAGGUAAAGUCUGCUUCGACGACUUCAUCAUGUGCGCUGUCAAGCUGAAGACCAUGAUAGAGACCUUCCAAGAGCGGGAUCCCAGGAAGACGAUGAAAGCAACUUUCACGUUAGAUGAGUGGGUGGAAAAGACUAUGUACAGCUGAAUCCCGAUUCAUGUCGUGCCACAAGGAUAUCACUCCUCGCUUCUCUUUUUGCCAUUUUCUUUCUGUCCCUCUCAGUAUCAUGGCCAUAGACAACUCGACGUUGUUAAGCUGAUAACAACGAUGGAAAGAUUGUUAUCCCCAUUUGCGAGUUUU